UCUUUCUUUGCUCUGCUACGCUUGCAGGCAUCCAUGCCGCGGCUCUGGAAAUGCAGAAGGGAGACGAGCUCUUCCUCUCGGUUUCUAGUUACGUGCAGCCUGGAUGUACACGUCACGAGCAGCGUCACCCUGCUCUUCGUGCUGUGUGAUGGGGGCCUUGGCAAGUGCGGCUCGCUGGGCAGGGGUCCCCGGUGUGGGGGUGAGAGGCGGCCCUGCACAGACCCUUCACAAAGCUUCCCUGGAGUCCACUCCACGUGUCUACAAAGCCAUGGCAGCGUCACCCCUGCUGUGCAUGAAGACACCAAGAUCGCACCCAUGAGGCGUGGACACAUCAGUGGAGGCAAGCUCUGCCUGUUGGCCCUCCCUCCCGUGGGCAGUAAGGAGCCCCGAUGGCCCUCACGACCAGGCACAUGGGCCUGCGGGUUCCACGGAGGGUUCAGAGGGCCUGUGGCCACAGGCGAAGCUGGACAUCACGUUGGGGAGCACACAGCACCGGACCUCAGCCUGCAGUCUCCGGGCUCGCCAUGGGGUGAAGGUUACGCAGGAAGGCCAGACCGUGGUCUCCUGGAAGCUGACGGCGACACCAGGGCUUUCCUGCACUUUUGCCGUGCUCCCCGUCCUUGGUCUGUCUGUCCUGUGGGUCGGUGCAGAUGAGACGUGCUGGGCCGUGGGGGUCCAGUGGGCUUGCCUCGGGUAGCGUGGCUCUGGACAUGCACUUUUAGAAUUUAAGAAGUGUUUCCCUCCUGAUUUUACAAAAUGUUCGUAGCCCACGAUGCUGGGAAGCCAUCUUACGUGCCUGAAAACCUUAAUGAGCACAGGGCACCAGAAGACGGCUUCUGAUUUUCCUGAUUAGGAGCAACGGGUAUGGGAACAGGAGUGAGUCCGUGGUGCCUCUCCCUGGACGUGUGUCCUGCGUCCCUUUUGCUUUCCAAGGUGGAUUUUACUCCUAAAGUUCUGGGGCUCAGGACAAGGAUGGGGUCUUAACAAACAAACCCACAGACUGUCAGACCACACAGAGUGCGUGUACCUGUGGCUGCAGGCCUGGACACGCUGUGGCCCACACGUGGGAGUUCAUCCGACCGCAUCUUCCCUCCAGGUCCCUUCAGGAACAUGCUGGGGUGAACUCAGGAGAAGAGGCCCAGGGAGCAGCUAGAGAUCCUGUGUCCCAACACCCCCACCCAAAACACAGUGCACACGUGCUUUAGCCAGGAGCAUGCUAGCACUGGUGUGCAACCGUCACCACGCAAACCCACGCCAGCAUGACACGAGCAGGGGACACGCAGCGUGGGGCAGCCAGGUUGGCGUGUCUGUGCUCGCUGUGGCCGAGCUGUGCCCUGCGCAUGUCCGUACGCCUUGGGUCAGGCCAUUUGCCAAGCCCCGAUUUCAGGUCCUUAAAAGCACUGGCAGUGCGUUGACACGAGCCGUAACCUGCAAACAAGUAUACGGAUAAUCACGCGCUCCCACAAAGAUCUCCCGUGUUCUCAGACCAAUACAUUUCCUGCUUCAGUGAACCGUCCCGUUGUUAAUCUGUGCGGUCUCACCCCGGGUGAUGGAAAUACUUGCCCUCUUUCCAGGUGCCCAUUACUAUUGUUUUAGGUUACAUGUAUAAUGCAUGAGAAGAACCUGUUUGUCAAACAUUCCAGACAGGCCGCGCAACUCUGCCUCAGUCGGCAACGGUCACCCCAACCAGGGGGAGGGAGAGAGAGCCGGGGUUUGCCUUCACUUACCCCGAGAGCAGUUUAUGUGACGUAGCACACGCCGUGAUGUUCACCCACGGAACGUGGCGAGUCUGUGGUUUCGCGCACCCAUGGGGGUGUACGGCUGUCCCUGUAGCCGUGCUGCCGCGUUCUCGGACCCAUGUCCUUUGGCGUGGCCCCAGUACACAAUCUCCCAGCCCCUGACGACCACUGUUUGCUCUCUGUCCAUGCGUUGUUAUAAGAAACAGAAUCACGUAACUUGUGGUCCUUCUGUGAUGGACUUUGUGGCUUCGCAUCACGUUUUCCCGUUGGUGUGUGUUGUCGCGCCUGCGUGCUUUGUUCCUCCCCAUCUGCUGGCGCCGCUCCCUCGGAAGAACAUACACAGUGUAUGUAUGAUGCGCCACUUCCUUAUCCACUCAUGAGCCCCUGGACUUUUGGGUUGUUUUCACAUUUUGGUUCUUGUGAAAAAUGAUUCGUCCUAGUUUUUGUAAGUAUUUAGAGUGAACGUGAAGACGGCAUCGUAGAAUCUUGAAGCUGGGUGAUCCUUGUUCUUAGGACGGAGUGAAGUGGUCUGAUUACCAGCCAGAUGUGCUGGCAGCAGCAGGGUCUCCUGGUCGGUACUAUCUUUCCUUCUUGUGACUUGUUGAUCUCCCUGAAGUAAUGCCAGGGCUU